AUGAGCUACAGUAAUAGGUUUGUUGUUGGUGAUGAUGACGAGAACGAGGAUUCUUUUAAUUUCCUACAGGAUGAUUUGCCGCAUAAUGCCCAUCCAGUAGGUGUUGAAAAUCACCCGAAAUCUGAUGAAAAGUCAAUUUUAGACCCAUUUGCUGAUAAAAACGAAGUGGUUGAUCCAUUUAGUGAUGCAUUUGAACUUGACACUAACAAGUAUAAGUCGCUAAACAUUAAUGAUCCAUUUGUCAGAUCCAAUAAAGUUGAUUCAUCUCUGCAAAGCAAGUAUAGCAAUGGCAAAUCUACACAUGAUGACUUCAUUGAUUUGUUUUCAGACACGGAGGGUAAUAUAAUUGAUGAUCGAAUUAAUCCUGAUGAAAAUCCUUACAAUGAUAGUCUCAAAAACUUAACUAUACCUGAGAAUAAUACCGGCCUAAGAAGUGUGUAUAAUCAGUUAAAGGGAUCUUUGGGGUUAUCAUCUUAUAAUAACGUCCAAACGCUAUCAGCAGACCCAGUUUUUUCAGAAAAUGACAACGAAGAAUCGUCACAUAACUUCAGGCCAGUUGAGGAUACAGGAGCUAAGGCAACUUCAACUUUAAGUAUGUUUGACAUUAGAAGAUGUUUGGGCAAAAGGAAAAACGAAGAUGAUAAAGGACCUAGGAUCAUAUACCUAAAUGAUCAACACAGGAACAAUGGCUCUGGUUUUGUCAGUAAUCAUAUCAGUACAACAAAAUAUAAUGCGUUUACAUUCUUACCCAAAUUUUUAUUUGAACAAUUUUCCAAAUAUGCUAAUUUAUUCUUCUUGUUCACUGGUUGUAUCCAACAAGUUCCUACAGUUACUCCAACCAAUAGAUACACAACCUUUGCGACGUUACUUAUAGUCUUACUGGUUUCUGCAGUGAAAGAAAUGUCAGAAGACAUAAAAAGAAACACAUCUGAUAACGAAUUAAAUAAAUCUAAGGUUCUAAUCCUAAACACUAGUACAGGCGAAUACAGUGAGAAAAAGUGGAUCAAUGUUAAGGUUGGUGAUAUCCUCAAAAUAAGGAAUGGUGAAGCACUACCUGCCGAUCUUAUUUUGUUGAAUUCGUCCGAACCGGACGGUUUAUGCUACAUUGAAACUGCAAAUCUCGAUGGUGAGACAAACUUAAAAAUAAAACAGCCAAGAAAGGAGACGGUUCAUAUGAUGGAUCCUCGUAUUCUGAGUAAGCUGAGAGGAAAGAUUACUAGUGAAAGGCCUAAUAGUAGUUUAUAUACUUACGAGGGCACAAUGGAGAUUGAUGGAAUUGAAUUCUCUUUGAGCCCUGAUCAGCUGAUAUUGAGAGGCGCCAGUCUAAGAAACACUAACUGGAUUCAAGGUGUAGUAAUCUUCACAGGCCAUCAAACAAAGUUGAUGAGAAAUGCCACUGCUACCCCUAUAAAAACUACCGAUGUUGAAAGAAUCAUCAACUUACAAAUUAUCGCAUUAUUUGGAAUUCUUAUUUUCUUGGCUUUUGUCUCCUCUUUGGGAAAUGUAAUCACAUUGGAGGUCAACAAAAAAUAUUUGGGGUAUCUAUACAUGGAAGGUACUAGUAGAAUUGGAUUGUUCUUUUUGGAUAUUUUAACUUUUUGGAUCUUGUAUUCAAAUUUGGUUCCAAUCUCUCUUUUUGUUACUGUUGAAAUUAUCAAGUAUUAUCAGGCAUUUUUGAUUAGUUCGGAUCUUGAUAUGUAUGAUGAAGAUACAGACACGCCUACCGUUGCAAGAACUUCCUCCCUUGUUGAAGAAUUGGGGCAAAUCCAGUACGUGUUCAGUGAUAAAACUGGUACUCUAACCAGAAAUAUUAUGGAAUUCAGGACCUGUUCCAUUGGCGGUAGGUGUUAUAUUGAAAAUAUUCCGGAAGAUAAAGAAGCUGUUCUUCAAGACGGUGUUGAGCUUGGAUAUCACAGUUUUGAGCAAUUGGCUAAAGAUCUCAAAGAGAGCAAAAACUCCCAUGUGAUAGAUAAUUUUCUAACUUUAUUGGCAGUAUGUCAUACGGUUAUUCCAGAAGUGGAAGAGGAUGGCUCGAUAAAGUACCAAGCCGCCUCGCCAGAUGAAGGAGCGUUGGUUGAAGGUGCAGCAAUCUUGGGUUACAAGUUUCAUACGAGGAAACCAUCUUCUGUUGUCAUAUCUGUUGAUGGACAAAAUAAAACAUAUGAGUUGCUAAACAUCUGUGAGUUUAACUCAACCAGGAAACGGAUGAGUGCAUUGUUUCGGUGCCCAGAUGGUAAAAUAAGGCUCUUUGUUAAGGGUGCUGACACAGUUAUAUUAGAGCGUCUUUCACACGACAAUGAAUUUGUUGAUGCAACAACGAAGCACUUGGAGGAUUUUGCUGUCGAUGGCUUGAGAACACUCUGUGUGGCUACAAGAAUCAUUCCAGAAGCUGAAUAUGCUGAGUGGUCUGAUAUAUAUAACAAGGCCUCGGUCAGUUUAGGUAAUAGGGCCGAUGAACUGGACAAGGCAGCCGAAUUAAUUGAAAGGGAUUUAUUUUUACUGGGCGCAACAGCGAUUGAAGACAAGUUACAGGAUGGGGUUCCCGAAACUAUAUCAGUUCUGCAAGAUGCGGGUAUCAAUGUCUGGGUUUUAACUGGUGAUAGGCAAGAAACAGCUAUUAAUGUUGGAAUGAGUUGUAAACUAUUAAGCGAAGACAUGAAUCUGCUUAUAAUUAACGAAGAUAACAAAGAUGAUACAUGCCAAAACAUGAUGGAAAAACUAACUGUAUUGCAGGGAGACGAAGUUUCUGACGAAGACAAAAAUAGUUUGGCCUUAGUCAUUGAUGGAAAGUCAUUGGGAUAUGCCCUUGAGUCUGACCUAGAAGACAUGUUCCUUGCGAUUGGUACUAUGUGCAAAGCAGUUAUUUGCUGUAGAGUUUCUCCUUUGCAAAAGGCGUUGGUUGUUAAAUUAGUUAAAAGAAAGAAGAAAGCGCUUUUAUUAGCUAUUGGUGAUGGUGCUAAUGAUGUUUCCAUGAUCCAAGCUGCGCAUGUUGGUGUGGGUAUCACUGGUAUGGAGGGUGCACAAGCUGCAAGGAGUGCUGAUUUUGCAAUUGGACAGUUCAAGUACUUGAAGAAGCUUCUAUUGGUUCAUGGCUCUUGGUCAUAUCAAAGGAUUUCUCUUGCCAUCCUUUAUUCAUUCUACAAAAAUAUCACACUUUACAUGUGUCAGUUCUGGUUUGUAUUUAGCAACGGAUUUAGUGGUCAAUCUAUUAUUGAAUCUUGGUCGUUGACCUUGUACAAUGUUGUUUUUGUUGCAUUGCCCCCAUUUGUCAUUGGUAUUUUUGAUCAAUAUAUAAGUGCCAACAUGCUUAAUCAGUAUCCACAGCUUUACAGGAUUGGACAAGAGGGGAAAUUUUUCAACGUUGAAAUCUUUUGGUCAUGGGCCGUCAAUGGCUUCUACCACAGCGCUAUAAUUUACAUUGCGGUUAUAAACAUAUACAAGUAUGGAAACCAAUUUUUAGAUGGAGAAAUAGCAGACAUUUGGGUUGUGGGUAUUACACUUUAUACCGUUUGUUUGUUAACUUCAUUGGGCAAGGCUGCCUUAGUUUCUUCACAAUGGACCAAGUUUACACUAGUUGCGAUUCCAGGAUCCUUUGCGUGCUGGUUUGUGGCAUUUCCUUUAUAUACCGUCAUUGCACCAAAAGUUAAUGUUUCCAAGGAAUAUACUGGUAUUAUGCCAUUUGUUUAUGGAUCUGCAGUUUUCUGGUUAACCAUUAUAGUCGUUCCUACUCUCUGUUUGAUGAGAGAUUUUCUUUACAAGUUUUACAAAAGGCAAUGGAACCCAGAAUUCCAUCAUAUUGUUCAGGCAAUGCAAAAGAACCAAAUGCAAACCCAUCGGCCAAAGUUUUCUUCAUUCCAGAAGACCAUCAGAAAAGUUAGACAAGUUCAUCGGAUGAGAAAACAACGGGGUUUUGCUUUCUCGCAAGUCGAAGGGCAGGAAAGCAUUGUCAGAAAGUAUGACACCACUAAAAGUAGAGGCAUUUAUGGAGAGUUGGAGUAA